AUGAGUUUGGUUCACAAGAUUUACUCCCUCAUCAGAGGUGUUCUGAACAACAGUGAUGAGGACAUAAAUUUGAUAGUUAAUCAUUUGAUUUCGGACGAAAUUGGCGUCACACAAUUGUCCGAAUUGUCAGAAGUGACACUUGAUAUUCUUCCUCAGAGUGUGAAAAUACCCUUCAUCAAAAGGAAACCAUUGUUGGAAGCUUUUGCUAAGUGUGCCUCAGAUAAAUCAACUGACACCACAGAUGUUCCGUCAACCUCCUCAGGUCAAAUUCAUACCAUAAGCAAUGUCACAGAAAAUCCGUCAACCUCAACUGCCUCAUACAUUUUCAGAAGCAUUGAGAAUGUAAUCCCAGACCAUUCGGUGUUCACUUUUAAUGUGCCUUGGGCACAAAUGCCAAAGGAAACAGUAGACAAUCUACGUAAAGCAAAGGAAGACAAAGUAAAGGCUAACCCAAAAGAUUUAGAGGCUCUCAAACUAGCCAUUGCUAAGAAGCUUAAAGCCCAGUAUGAAGGCCACAAAGCGAUUUAUCCUGGGUUACAGAAAUUUCCUGGCCGCAAAAUUUAUGCAAAGGUGACAGAGCAGGUUGAAGAAAAAUUUGGAGAUUCUGUCAAAACCAUAAUUAAAAACGUAGUAAUGAAUAUGUAUUGA